GGAAAAAGGAGAAGCAGAACUCCAAAAUGGCGAUGGACGGUAUGUCCACGUCUCCAUUGGGGCUAACAUACCAUGUUUCUGAUUAUUAUUCGAGAAAACUGGGCCCGAAGCCAGACGUGGUACCGUCUGGUGUUACCGAGAGGAAAGUUGGGCCCAUUGACAAGCCUGACAUGGUUGCAGUGGACGUUAUCAACUUCAAGGACUCGGACACAACGAUACACAGAAAGAAACAAGAGACAGAUACUUACGUUCUGGGCACCAUUCACCCCUUUCGCAAGACACACAAGUCCAUCUUGGGCAAGUUCAUUCAAGAGUUCAAUUUAGUUUCCUCAGACAGACGGUCAUGGAAGAUCCUGCUGUUCGGGGUACUGAAUGUGAUCUGCACGGCCUGCCUGCUGACCUGGUGUAACUCCACCAACAGCAUGGCCUUAACAGCAUACACAUACCUAACCAUCUUUGAUCUAUUCAGUUUGAUCACCUGCCUAAUAAGCUCCUGGGUGAGCAUGAAGAAGCCAAGUCAGGUCUUUUCAUUUGGUUUUGACAGGUUCGAGGUUCUGUCAGUCUUCGCCUCCACCGUAUUGGUCCAACUGGGAGCCCUGUUCAUUCUGAAGGAAAGCGUGGAACGCUUCAUGGAGCAGCCGGAGGUGCACACGGGCCGCCUUUUAGUUGGGACCUUUGUGGCUCUGUUUUUUAACCUGUUGACUCUGCUUUCGGUCAAGAACAAGCCCUUUGUCUACGUCUCGGAAGCCGCCAGCACCAGUUGGCUCCAGGAGCACGUUGCAGACCUGAGUCGAAGUCUGUGUGGGAUCAUCCCAGCACUGAGCAGUUUUCUCUUGCCCCGAAUGAACCCUUUCGUCCUGAUCAAUCUGGCUGGAGCCUUUGCUCUUGGAAUCACCUACAUGCUUAUUGAGAUCAACAACUACAAUGCAGUGGACACUGCUUCCGCCAUGGCCAUCGCCCUUAUGACCUUCGGCACCAUGUACCCCAUGAGUGUGUACAGUGGAAAGGUCCUGCUACAGACCACACCUUCCCAUGUCAUCGGCCAGCUUGACAAACUGCUCAGAGAGGUGUCCACAUUGGACGGAGUUUUGGAAGUCCGGAAUGAACAUUUCUGGACUAUAGGCUUUGGCGCUCUGGCCGGUUCGGUCCAUGUCCGCAUUCGCAGGGAUGCCAAUGAGCAGAUGGUAUUGGCCCACGUGACCAACCGCCUCCACACCCUUGUCUCCACGCUGACCGUUCAGAUCUUCAAGGACGACUGGUCCCGCCCCUUGCUGGUGAGCAGCGUCUUGCCGGCCGGCACGCACAGCCUCUCGGAUUACAUCGGCCCGUCUGGUUUUCUGGGUCCGCCCUUAUCCAAGCAUCCUGAUGAGCCCGAGCCCCUCACCUCCACGCCGUCCAAGCCCAGCAGCCCUCCGCCCGAGUUCUCCUUCAACACUCCUGGCAGGAACAUCCAGCCUGUGGUGCUCUCCAGCACCCAGCAACACAGGCCCUACAGCCUGGGCCUAGCAUACGGCUCCUCGCCAUACGCAGGCAUGCUUGGCCAGGGCUUUGCACAGCCGGCCAGCGGCCUGGGGCUAGGUGUAGGAUUAGGGAUGGGGGCAAGGAUGCCCUCUGUCCAAGGCUACAGGACCUCAUUCAGUGCAGCUCCACAGAGAUAUGGCAGCAAUCCUCUACCUUCACAGAUGAAUCAAUAUAGGCCCUGAUUCGAGUAUCAGAGCAAUUAAUUACCUUGUGGUCCAUAAUGCUGCGUUGACCCUCAGAGGAUGUUGACUAUUAUGACUAUAAUGGAUAUAUAAAUAUAUAUAUAUAUAUUUAUUUAAUAGGACCAAGGCUAUGAGUGGAUGGACUCUGGAUUUUCUAUUUCUGUUCUCUCUCUCUCUUUUUUUAUACUGUUAAGCAGACUACAGACAUAUUGGAACUAUAUGAAAUUUGCUGUUUUCCACUGUCUUUAUUAUAAGAGCACUGUUAAAGUGGCCCAAGAUUUUUGUAUAGUAACUUUUGAAUUCCUCAGAAAGUUAAUCUGGUUAAUUUUGUGCUCACAAAAUGUUGUAUGAUUUGAGCAAGGGUCAUGUAUUUCACAGGGUAUGAUUUAUUGUCUGCUCUGAAUGUUUGGAAAAGGCCAUGUCAAAAAAACAAAAAAAAAACAAGCAUUGAAUUGAAAACAGUGAAUACAUUCAAAUUCUCAUGUAUUAAAAUGUUGGGUAACCUAACUAGAGACUGGUGUGAGAGGAUAUUAUUAUUAGUAAUAGUGAACUCUGCAACUACACAAGCAUGAAAAAUAGUAGACUACUUCCAUUACAGUGUUUAAAGUAAGACCAAACCUAAAAUUAAUCUGUUGUUGUGUGGUGUUUAUUUUUGCAUUGUUCAAGGCCAUUAUUUUCAACGGUAUGUUGCUUCUGAUGCUAUGAGCUGAUGCAGAACUCAAGUGAAUGUCAAUGUUAUUUAUAGGUUUACUAGUAUAUAUUAUACAGUAUUGCAUUUGACCAAACAAGGGCAAGAAUUGAAGACAGUGUUUAAUGUAAUUCAAAAGAACACUUAGUCAAUUUACAAGGUUUUUCCCUGCAGUUAAUCUUGAGCAAAACAUUAUAUUAUUCAAUACUGAGCAGUUCCAUUAUUGCUUGAUUCAUUUUUAGAAUAUGAGCACUAAUGUUUUGCCAUGUGUCUAAAUUCAUGGUGGUGAUGUAGCCAAAGUAUAUAAACUAGUAUUGAGACAUCUUUUUUUUUUUUUUUUUUUUUUUUUUGGCAAAUGAUUUGUUUUUGGGCUUUGUUUAUUCCUUGUCUUUCUAGCUUCCAGCAAGAAUUGGUACAAAAUUGAACUGUCAUCAGUUAUAUUGGCACAGCAAAGGGUAAGUGGUGUAAAGAAGAUAACCUUGUCGAAAAAUACCUUGACAAUUGAUGUGUAGUUUCUGCACAAUGACAGUGCUCUUCUUGUUCGGUCACCCCAACAUUACGCUAAUGCUUUAUAUGGACAUUUGGCAGACGCAAAUGAGGGUUACACAGCUGUUUCAUUUUAGUGUAGAUUUUCUCACUGUAUUUAAGAGUAGUUUUUUUCAUUAACUGGGACCUUAACAUGGACACAUCAACACUGAGUGUUGAUGGACGUCAUGUCACAACACCCCCCGUAAGUGUGCUAUUGAUGCACCAUACCAGCUUCUUUCCUCUGUUCAUCAAAGCAUGUUGGCGCAUGAUUUGGCAUGCUGUUCCUCUCCCAGCGUCUUUUGAGUUGACUGGUUGCAGAGAACAGUUUACUUGCCAGUCUUCUGGGACCCUGCGGCAGAUUCCUCGUGGGGAAGGGAAAGGGUUGUUACUGAUGAUGGUGGUGUCAUUUUGAUACUUCAAGUGGUUUGGAUUGGCAAGCUUUGGUUUGAUUAAAAUAAAUCCUGUUUCGGUUGCUCUGUUA